AUGGCGCUGGGGGCGCGGCCGCUUCUGUGGCUCGCGCUCUGGACCCUGGCGGUUCCCGCCCGGAGCUCCGGGGAGGACGCCGACGGAGGGUGGCGGCGGCCCGGGCCGGGGGCGCCGGCGGCCGUGACGGAGGAGGAGCACUGCACUGUGGAGCGCCGGGCCGACCUCAGCUACGCCGAGUUCGUGCAGCGCUACGCCUUUUCCAGACCUGUUAUUCUGCGGGGGCUCACAGACAAUUCAAGGUUCCGGGACCUAUGCACCCGUCAGAGGCUGUUGGCCUCCUUUGGACACAGCGUGGUCCGGUUGAGCACCGCCAACACCUACUCCUACCAGAAAGUGGACCUGCCCUUUCAGAAGUAUGUGGAGCAGAUGCUGCACCCCCAGGACCCUAUCUCCAUGGGCAAUGACACUCUGUACUUCUUUGGGGACAACAACUUCACUGAAUGGGCCUCCCUCUUUCGGCACUACUCUCCACCUCCGUUCAGCCUACUGGGUACAACUCCUGCUUACAGCUUUGGGAUUGCAGGAGCUGGCUCUGGGGUGCCCUUCCACUGGCAUGGACCCGGGUUCUCGGAGGUGAUCUAUGGCCGCAAGCGCUGGUUCCUGUACCCUCCUGAGAAGACGCCCGAAUUCCACCCCAACAAAACCACACUGGCCUGGCUCCGGGACACAUACCCGGCCCUGACACCAUCUGCACGGCCCCUGGAAUGCACUGUCCAGGCUGGUGAGGUGCUGUAUUUCCCUGACCGAUGGUGGCAUGCCACACUCAACCUUGACACCAGCGUCUUCAUCUCUACCUUCCUCAGCUAGCCAAAGGGGGUGGCUGGCGAGCCCACUGCACACCAGCACGCAUCCCCGCAGUGCUCACAGGUUUUAUUACAGGGACAGAGGUGGCGGCAGCAGCCUCAGCCCAGCCCACCCUCACCCCGCUUUUCUGGCCCAGGAGGAGGAUGAGAGGCGCGUUGCCCAGCAGAACUGAUGAGGGUGGGGAUGGGGACACCAGGGUAGGGAUCCAGGGACACAAACUAUAUACAGAAAACUAGGGGCUACUGCCCCAAGGCCCUCCUGAGCUAGGAUACCGGGCAAGGCAGGUGGGUGGCCCAUACACCCACCCUGCUCAGUAAUCCUCUACCCAGCCAUUCUCAGAGAUGAAGGCAUCGAUGACCUCUUUCAUGGCCAGGUUGGGGAUGAGCUGUUCCUGGGUCAGGGGGCUCCGAGUCACAGGGUCAAAAUGGCCCACGCGCUGUAGUGACAACAGGAUUAGAAUUAGGAGCUGCUCAGUGGGUGGGGGUUCCACUGCCAACACCCACAGGCCCUCACCUGCAGGUGCUCCUCGAUGUCCUUGCGGUCGUAAGUGAUGCCGCUGGGCGUGAUGCAGGGCUCCCGCAUCAGCUCAAAGCUGAUCUUGCCGCACAGGUAGUCGGGGAUGUCUCGCUUCUGCAGCACACAGGGUAGGGUCAGGUCAGGGGCUGGGAAGGGGCACUGCUCUGGCUACCCACAGGCCCCAGAAGAUGGGCAGCUCACCUUUCUCUUCUCAUCUACCUGGGAGAAGAGCUCAUCCAUGUCUGCCAAGUACUUGUCCUGCAAAGAACCAAACAGCCACUUGUGGGCCUGACACCCCUCUCCCCUCCCCAUGCAGAGAGAGACACAGACCCGACAGGAGCUGGGGCACCUCACGUCACAGCACGCGCGCACACACACACAGGACACACACUUGAGCUGGGGCACCCUCACAUGCUUGGCUUCAAUGCAGGCCUGCUGGGCCCGUAUGUGGCUGUCGUCCUCAUCACCCUCGUGGUUCCGCUGACACUCUUCCAGUUCCCUGGGGGUUGACCAAAAGGUGAUCAGAGAUGGGUCUGGCCAGGGGCAGUCAGACUCCACUCCAGUCUUAGGCUCAUUCAGGCCUCAUUCUCCUCCAUCUCCUGCGUGCCAGAGUUGGCCUUCAAUAAACAUUUGUGUUCACACCUCAGAA